AUGCGUGCAUACCUACAUGACCUCUUCGACAUUCUCCCAUUCACCGACAUCGAGAACAUCCAGGAGGUCCUGAACCUCGAGCACCGCCCGGACUCAGUGUUCUCGCUCCUCACCGAAAAAGAUCUUUCAGCACUUUCGUCAUUAUCUGCCUCCCCAGAUCUGCCUCCUCGUUCCAGAUCAAUCUCGUCUUGCAGCUUCAACUCAGGCCUACAGAUCAUCAUCACGAUGUCAUCUUCCAACAUCGCCACUGUUGCGCAAUCAUCUUCGAAACACCCUCCCGUCCUCACAUCAGGCAAAAUAACUCCCGCCGUCGCUCAUGCGUGGGAGAACACCUGCCUACAAUACUUUAAGCAGAAUGACACACCCGCGGAUAAAAGAGUUGCGAAGGUCACUAGUGGCUUCCAGGACACCAUUGUCAGUGACUGGUACUACAACGACUCUGAUACCUUCGACGCCCUCCCCUGGAAGGACUUUCUGGCCACCUUCCGUUCUCGCUUCUUGCCCAAAGGAUGGGAAUCCACCAUUCUCACCCAACUCCUUCGCUCUCGGCAAAAAGAUGAUGAGCCCUUCGAAGACUGGGUGCUGUCUCUUGAGAAGAUGAACACCAUACUCCGUGGCAGUACCUCCCACCUCGACGACACUCAUCUGCAUGCACAGAUUGCUGCUAGCAUCUGCGAGGACCUUCGCUUUGCAUCUGACGAUGAUGAUGUAUGUAACAUCAUUUCCUUCAAAGAUUGGAAGGACAAGCUCGCACAGAUGGACACCAUCUGCCUACGCGAGCGCGCUCGUAUCUUACACAUCACCGGGGCCUCCGCCAGGUCGAAGCCUCUGGGCCUGCCCAUCAAAGCGAUGUCCGGUAAAUCCAACACUGCCCGUCUUCCCUCACUCACAGACAGUGAACUUAAGCUCCUCCGCGACAAUGACGGGUGCUUCAAGUGUCGCAAAUUCUUCAUCGACAAGAAGCUCCGUGGCAAACAGAACUGCCCCGAGUCCUUCCCUGAUCCCACCACAUACUGCACACUCAUGCAAGCGGACGUUGACAAGGUGAAGCGUGGUGUGGGCAAGGAAAACAUUAAGCCACACUUGACAGUCAGUGUAGUUGUCGAUGGAUCUGAUGAUGCCGUCUACUCCAUCAGCGCUAUCUAUCUGAAUGCCCCUCCGCUCGCUGCCACCUCGGGCAUCCUUGGCACAGGAUCUGACAGUGAUAAUGAGUACGUUUCACCUGCUCUAGCACCUUUCACUGUCCCCCAUAUUCCUUGGUCCACGAUCGUACACGGACCUUCAUCUGACUCGCAACCUCUCCCCAUGCUGAUCAAUUCAGGCUCUCCAGCAGUUCUGAUUAGAUUGGAACUUAUAUCGCAUCUCGGUUUGCGUCGUCGCAAAUUGCCUCAGCCCUUCCCGCUUGGAGAUGUCUGGGGUACAGAGUCGAAGGAUUCUGCUGAGUGGGUUAAGUUGCGUGUCUCUUUGCCAGAUUCCUCCUGGUCUUCCAUUGUUUGUCGUGCGAUCGUUGUACAAAGUUGUUGUUACCCUGUAAUCGUCGGUCGUCCAUUCCUCAAAUCCAACCAUCUUGUCGUGGACCACAGCUGCAACAUGGUCAUCGACAAACGAUCCAGGCAUGAUAUCUGUGCAACUCUCAUGCCCCCACCUCCGACCUCUACUCCUCCUACACCAACAACACUACUGCGUAUAUCGCCCGACCCCCACCUUUUCCGCGAACUGUCUGAGCGCACUGCAGCGCACCAUGUUGAAUGUGAUGAGCACACUACCAACACGGCCGCCGCAACCAUUCACACUCUUCGGAAGUGUACUGAGGAACUCGCUUACCAAGAAAAAUUACGCGCUGCUAACCUAGAGGUCAAACAGGAAUUCGUUGACCUUUUCCCCGAUGAUAUUCCACACCUCGAUGACCUCCCCACUGAUGUGUAUCACCGCUUCAUGCUGAAAGACCCCCACAUGGCGGACCCCCAGAAAGUCGAGAAGAUCCUGAACUGGUCUGUUCCCCAUAACUCUUCUCAAGUCCGUGCAUUCCUGGGCCUCGUGUGCUACAUCGCUCCCUUCCUGCCGAAGCUCGCUGACCAUAUGCACAUCCUGAAUGCACUGACUACUAAAGAGGCAGAACUCAAUUUCCCUCAAUGGACACUCGCUCACCAGCGUGCAUUCGAUGACAUUAAAUCCCUCAUUUGCAGCCACAAGGUCCUUACCGUCAUCGACCAUGACAACAUGGGGAAUAACCACAUCUUUGUAUCCUGUGAUGCUAGUGACUUUCGCACUGGCGCCCUCCUCUCUUACGGCAAAUCCCUCGAAACUGCGCAGCCCAUUGCCUUCGAGUCUUGCACUCUCAAAGGUGCAGAGCUGAACUACUCCAUACACGAGAAAGAACUCUUGCCGGCCCGUCUUGUGGGAUCGUCGCGCCACGUUGACUCUAAGUGUCCGAAGCUAGUGGUAGAUUCACCAGAAAAACCUGCACGAAAAGAAUAUCAGUACGUUCUGAAGAACCCGCCUUGUGCUCGCACACCGUCACCGCCGCCAGCUGAUCAUCUUGAGCACACGCCGAACAUCGAAAAUUCCGUCGAAGACACUUACUCUGUGCCCCUCGAGCCCGACAUCACGUCCUCAGCACCUGCUACUGCCAUACUCGUACCUGCUUCACCUCCUAAUCCUUCGCUGUCUGACUCUAUCCCUGAUCCGGCUUCUGCAUCUCCUCUAUCAAUUUCUUUGUCAGUUUCUCCUCACGCACCUAAUUUUCCGAUCAUCCCUCUUCCUAUUAUCACCAUGUCAUCAUCUACUGCAAAGGGCCUGAGCGGCAUGCCCGCCCCUGGUUCAAGCAAAGUGCCUUCAUUCCAUGGUGAAAGUUCGGAGCUUCUCGAGUUUUUUGAAUUCUUCGAGGACCUCACGAAUGACUGCAAGCUCUCCGCACCCGAGAAAUGCAAGAGCUUAGUUCAUUAUGUCGACAAGACCACGAAGCACUUCUGGAUUAGCUUGGCCAGCUAUGAGAGCCAAGACUUCGAGACCCUGAAGAAGAAUAUUUUAGCACAGUAUCCGGGCGCCGACAAGGGUAUCCGAUACACCCUUCGUGAACUCGAGCAACUCGUUGUAGAACAAGCCGGAAGCGAAAUUCAGACUGAAACUGAACUCCUCACCUAUUACCGCCUGUUCUGUCCUAUUUCUCAAUGGCUUGUCCACAACAGCCACAUCACCGAUUGUGAACGCAAUAGCUAUUUCUGGCAGGGCCUUCCUCGGGACACGCGCCGUGCCAUUGAUCGCCGCCUAGAAUUGACGAUCCCAGAUUUCAGCCGUGCUGCCCCACCCGAUGUUGAGAAAGUGGUUGCUGCUGGUCGCUUUGUCUUCUCCGAUGAAGCCUUUGAUAGCGAGUAUAAUGACCCGAUUUCUAUGCGGUUGCGAAGCCUCAAAGGAUGA